AUGGAAGCUAGAAAAAGAUUUAUGUCUUUUGAUACAACUAAACUUCUCGAUCCUCCAAGGCCAUCCUAUACUUUUUCCAUUUACAAUCGUGAUUUGUUUGAAAAGUCAAAGUUCAAGGAUUAUGACUCAUUACUUGAACAUAGGCUCACUCGUUCUCAAGCUAGAGCAAACCAUUUGGCUUUGAUUCUUGAGAAUGGUAACGUGACAAGGCCACACGCAGCACAUGAGAGUAAAAGGGAAAGCGGAAAGGUUCCCACAUCAACAAGUAUAGAAUUUGCAAAUGGUGAGUAUGUUGCAUCUUUUAUUCUUGGGACUGAUCAAAUUAAAAGGCUCUUGCUAAUAGACACUGGAAGUGAUUUAACUUGGUGGCAAUGUGGACCAUGUAGACCAAAUAAGUGUUAUGAACAAAAACAUGAACCUUUAUAUGAUUUUACUAAGUCUAAAACAUAUCGAAAACUUGAUUGCCUUGCACAAAGUACAAGUUGUGUAUACAAGUCCAAGGUUUAUGACUGUAUUCCGUAUGAUAAUACAUGUAUCUAUGAUUACAAAUACGCGGAUGGAUCAAGAACAAGAGGUUGGAUUGCAGACGAAGUGAUUACUUUUGUUUUAGACUCAAAUCCAGUAAAGAUUCUUUUUGGAUGUGGCAGAGAUCAAAUGAAUGGAACGGCUUUUAGUGGUGAAUAUUCUGGUAUUGCUGGCCUCGGACGAAGAGUAAAUAUAGGUUCAUAUUCUUUACCAUCGCAAUUGAAGGCAGAUAUAAUGGCCUUAUGUCUACCGGAGUUUUACUCCACAAAACCAUCAACACUUAGCUUCCACACAACGCCAUAUAAGAAAAAAACAUCAGCACGACUAAUACCAAAUUACAAAUUACCUACAUUUUAUUUCGUCAACCUUUAUAAAGUUUUAAUUAACGAUAAGGAAGUCCCAUCAUUUUCGCUGAUUAUUGGAAAUGGCAUGACCGGUGGUUGCAUUGUGGAUACAGGAUCAAUCGUUACCAAUUUCCCUGCAGAUUUUUAUGAUGAAUUCCGCGAUACAUUCAGAAAGGAAGCAGGAGAUAUUCCUUUGUAUGAUGCUCCAUAUGGAGAUUUUGACACUUGCUAUAUGGUGGAUCCAGGUGUGGUACCAACUUUCCCCGUUGUUAAGAUGUACUUCGAUCACCAAAACCCGGAAAAUUUGUUAUUACUAGACCAAAAACGAGUCGUGGUGCAUGAGAGGGGGCUAUUCUGUCUGGCAUUUAUUCCAUGGGACCAAAACAUCGCGAUUAUAGGAAGUUAUCAACUUCAAGGUAUAGGAUUAACUUUUGAUACUGCAACAGAUACUUUGUCUUUUGAAUUAGAUGCAUGUAAUUAA